CCUGUGUAUUCCUUGUGCCGAUGAGACAAACCACCCAACGUUUUGAGUUUUGACCGAGACUGAGCAAACCAUGGCGUCGGCAGCCGGCUCAGAUGUCGCCCCAGAUGUCAUGGACGCAGAUGCACAGCAACAGCAGCAACACGAUGUCUGGGCGGAAUUGUUUGGGCUGGUGCAAGGCCUUGGCGAGAAUGUGGGGCUCGCACUGCAAGCCCUGACGCCCAGUCCUGACGACAAGGCGGUCUCUGCAAUCACGAAAAAGCGGCUGGCGAUACGCUCGGUGCAAGGGCUCAAACAGAGUCAAGUCGGCAUCCAGGCGCUGGUGGAGCACCUGAAGGCGCUGCAGGCCGCCUCGCAGACAUGGCAACGCUCGAUGAUGUAUGCUUCGAAAAGUCACCAGGAGCUCAUGGAGCAGAUUGAAAGUACCACUCAGGAGCUGGGCUCUGUGAGCGAGCGGCUACGGUCUGUGGAGGCGCAGCGGAUAGCGGCUGUCCGGGACGCAGAGACGCUGCGGGCGCGCGUCACGCAUCUGGAGGGACUAGCUGCGGACCUGCAGGCGGGACUCAAACAGAAGGAGGAGGAGCUGGAGACGGUCCAGUUCACCGCACACGAGUCCCAGGCGGACGCGUCACGUGCAGCGCAGCAGGAGGAUAGGCUGCGCCAGGCGGCAGCCCAGGCCGAGGAGCGUGCGCACGCCGCCGUGGCGGCCUUGGAUGGGGCGAAAACAGAGGCGGCAAAGGCACACGUGCUGGCGGAACGGCACCAGCAAGUGGUGGCCAAGCUGACCGCCGACAACCUCAUGUUCCUGAUGCAACUCAAAAAGGCGGAGGCGGACCUGGCCACAGCCAACCAGGAGCGGGCGCAGCUGCGCCUCGCGGCGGAGCAGCAGCGCGGACCGUGGUUCGACCAGGUCCGCGCGGGCGUGGAGGAGCGCGUGAAGCAGGCCAUGCAGCGGUCUGUGGAGAUGGAGGCGAGGCUAGAGCGCCAGGCGGUUGAGCACGCCCAACAGGUCGCGGAGCUGGAGCGGCGGCGCCAGGACCUCGCGGCCGAGCUUGGUGCGGUCCGCGGCCAGGCGGAUGACCUGCAGCAGCGGCUGACUGGCGCCGAGGACGGCCAGGCCAGCGCUGACAAGCGCUGUGCAGCGGCCGAGUCUGUGGCAGCGGAUUUGCGGCAGCGGCUUGAGGACCUGUCGGCGGAGAACCGCGUGCUGCAGGAUUCGGUCAAGGCCAUGCGGCAGGAGUGCACGGAGCGCUGGGUGAGCGAGCAGGCGGCGCUGGGGCGUGUGGGCGGCCUGGACGAGCGCAUUGCGGCGCUGGAGGCGGCGCUGUCACAGCAGGCUGCGGCCGCGGCUGCGCUGCAGCGGCAGCUGGACACGCAGAUUGGCGUGAACCGGCAGCUGAUGUCGCGCAAGGAGGAAGUGGAGUGGCAGCUCAUGGCGGCAAUGGCCAAGGUUGACGGCGGUGCCGCGGAUGGGCCGGUGCCCCUAAACCUCCUGGUGUCAGGGCUGUUGCAAGUCGGUGGGGGACAGCAGCAGCAGUCACAGCAGCCGGCACAACAGCAGCCGCAACAACAGUCACAACAGCAGCAGGCGCAGCAGCCACCACAUCAGCCACUACAGCAGCAGGCGCAGAAUCCUCCGCUGCGUGCAAGCACGGCCGCAGAACUGCCUCCGUCUGAACCCGCAGUAUGCGAUGCAACGCAGUUGGAGACUACGAGCACGCGCGGUCAAGCCGCCCGGCCUGCAGCAGCAGCUGCCGGCAGCAGCACGCAGGCUCAGCAGCCGCGGCCGAGCUUGCAGGGGCACGGCUUGAGUGCCAAUGGGCACGGCAGCACGAGCCACACGCUUGAUGCCAGUGACGCACGGAGUGCUGCUGCCUAUGAGCCAGCUCGGACGCCCGCGAUGCCAAGCACCGCUUUUGCUGCAGCCGCUGAGCACAGCGCCGCGCCCGCACCUGCAUUGACACAGCCCGCUACUUCGCAGCCGCACGCCGUGCCCACGGCAGCAGCGGCAGUGCAGGCAGCGCCCCCGGCUGCUGCUGAGGCGGUCGCUGUAGCGGCGGGCACCCACCAAGAAUUGGUGGCGGCCUCCGCGCUACAACCGGAGCCGACGCUCGCGCUCCAUGACAACGACUUUGACAUGUACUCGCUAGCGCCUGCCGCAACAUACAGCCGAGACACCCAAGCGGCGGGAGGCGGCUACAGUGCGGGCUCCGGACCUGCUGCCAGCGUGCCUGGCCACGCAGCUUCGACGCCUGGGCCGCAACGGGCUGGGACAUACCAACCGGCAACCGGACAGCGGAGCGCAAGCGGACUAAGCACCGGAGCGGGCGGAGCCACCGACGCCAACGCACGUUGGGCUUCGGUGGAGGCCGCCUCAACCGUCCUGAGCAGCCCACCCAGCUCUGUCGUUAUCUCAACCGAGCCCGGCUCCCCGCCUGCCGAGGUUGCGCCUGACCGGCCACCCGCCAGCAGUGCCCGGGCCCCAACGGCCAGGCUGCCGCUCACCAUUCGCACCGGGCCCAUCACUCCAGCGGCGGGCGGGUUAGCGGUCGUCCAUGCCUCAGAGGCUCAGCAGGCGGCGGCGCGGGCCGGCGCGCUGGAGCGCCAGGGCAGCCUACACGAGGGCGGUGACAUCUGGAUUGGGGACGCCGUGAGCCCCACCAGCAGCGACAGCAGUGACUUCUUGGGCGGGGGCGGCGGCAUCAUCGUGCAUCGCUCCACGCACGGGGCGCCGGGCGAUGCUGAUGGCAGCUCGUCGGCGGCUGGGCCGCGCUGCAGCAACGACGGCGACCGCGCCGGCCUCACCGCCAGCCGCGCGGUGCUGCAGGAGCUGCAGGAGCAGCUGCAGAUCCACCUCAUUGCACCCUCCAUCGCACAGCGCGAGUCCGCGGCGGCUACAGCUCACUCGGCGGCAGCGUCUUCUCAGGCCGCCGCAGCGGCGGCGGCAGCAGCCGCGGCUCUGGAUGACGACUGGCGUCCUCGAGGAGCGGCCGUGCCUGCUCCAACGGAAUGGAUUCGACCGGCACAAACCAAGACACCAGCAGCAUACACGGCGGACCCAGAUGCCGACUUCAUCCGGUCACGGCCCACGACGACGGCAGGCGGAAGCCGCGGGAACGGCAUCACAGUAGGCACCCGUUCUACUUUCUCCAUCCGCACAACGACUGCUGCCCCCGCGCGGCCGGCCGCCAAGCCGGCCCCACCCUCCGCCACAGCUGGUACAGCCUCAGGAUCCCCGGCCCUCCCCAGCAUGCACGGCGGCUCAGACCCCGCUGCCGGCGUGUUUAGCAUUAUGCACUCCUUGACUUCGGCGACCUCGCGCCUGAGGCAAGCCGGCUCGCCCACGCACCCCGCCUUCGCAAGCGCCUCCUCUUCCAGAGCAGUGACACCCGCGUCGCCCCAGCCGCCGCCCAGCAUACACGCUGCAACCACUUCCCACAACACCUCAGCUGCCGCGGACCCGCCCGUGCCCUCCCGGGUGCAGCAGGGCCCCGUGUACCACGCCACGGCCGGGCCACUUGGCGGCGACGUGGUCGCUGACAUCGCGCGGUGGUCCGCAGCCGGGGACGGCGCGGCGCACCUGUCAGCGGCAACAACAAUUGGGAGCGCGCAAACCUUUCAAGCAGGCGCGGCUGGCGGCCAGAGAGACGGGCUGUCAGCGCCGCAGGAAUCGCAGCGCGGGGCCGAGCCGGCGCCCCAGAGCCCUGUGUACUCGCGGGCGUCGCUGUCAUCGCCGCGUUCGCCGCCGCACCCUGCGUUCCUCAUUCGAACCGUCGGCCCUUCGGUGGCGGCAACCUCCGGGCUUGCGGCAGCAUCUAUGCCGGCCGCCUCCAGCGCCGGAUCGGGGCAAGGUUACGUGUCGUCCAUAGCGAUGCCGGGAUCAGCUUCGGCGGCCGCCGCAGCGGUCAGUGACCUUGCUGUGGUUGAGCCGAGCGGAGCGCUGCGCCCGCGUGUGUCCUUUCAGGGGCUUGGGCCCGUUGGCGAUACGGGGGGUGAUGGUGUGCGUGGCGCAUCGGGCGGGCUGUCUACCCAGGCGAGUUUCACCAGCAACCAGAGCGCGGGGCUGUCGCACCGGAAUGGCAGCGCCAAGAGCGUGCGCUUUAGCAAUGACGGCGAAGUGGCGGACGCUGUGGCGCGCCGGAGCCAGGACUUCGGAUAUGCGCGGGGCAGCGCUGGCUGGACGACGCAGCAGCCCACAGCGGCGCAGCGCGCAUCGCCGCCGCCUUACAAGUCACAGGGGCCUCUGCAGCACCCGGCACUGGUGGUCGCCUCACCUGCAAAGCCAAAGCAGGCUGACGAUGCAGAACCCGCAGCCGAGCGGCUCGCUGCAGCGGGCCCGGACGCUGCGGUGCCGGCGGUGAGACGGUACAGCGCUGCUGGCGUGGCCGUGACGGCAGCGGUGUCUCGCGGACAGCCGCAGCAGUAGAAUGCCAGCCUUGCACGAAAGUGAUUGGGUGCACCCGAAGGUGUUGCAAGGAAUGAAGGAUGCUUGCCACGGUAGCCUUUAUGUUGCUGCCAUAUGUUUCGGCGGUGGGUGAAGCUACUUGCUGAAAGCACGUCUGGCAUAGUCGCGAUGCGACUCGGUGGGUGGUGUUGGUCGGACUCGUGCUCAGAAGCUACCGCACAGUAGCACAGCCAAUCGGGAAGUACGGUACUCGCUUUCCCACUGCGUGACCUGGAGAAUAAUGCAUCACACACAAUUGUUGUGGACGAUAUUUAUCAACCGGCUGUAAGGCCGCACGCUUUCGGGAUCUGAGACAACAAAGGAGGAGGCACCAGUGCGCCAGUGUGUGUAGAGCCUAUGUCACCGCUGUCCUUUUACGCGGCAAAUGGCGCUUGGCAACACUUCCGGAUCCGCGAUGCUGGACCAGUUAUGCUGGGCUGCGUGCACGCUGGGUGCAGACGUGCAGCGCACGCCGCCCUGGUACCGUAUGUGGCAAUUAUGCUGAGUUGCCAAGUAGCCCGUCCGCCUGACCGCAUUCGCUAACGACAAGUCGUGACCUCGUUACCUAGGCUGCCCUGCGCGGCGUGCGCGCUGUGAAUGCCCAUCUAACCCUUGGGCUCACACUCAUCUUCAAAAUCUGGGUAAGCAUUGGCCA